AUGUCAAAUGAAUAUAGAGUCGUCGUUGGUUCUACUGAAUAUAGUAUCCCAGAAGCGUUUGCCUAUCUAGACGGUCGUUUCGACCAAGAAGAGGCAGAAUCUAAGCGUUGUUCGUUAUAUGACUUUCGAAAUGGUGAAUACCAACCCAGCGCUCAUGAGAAGAAAGAAUUUCAAGAUAUGGUAUUCGAGUUCAAUCGGACUAAACGUCGUAUUGGACAAAACGAAGCCAAUAACCCUUUUCGUAACUGGUAUAAUUCCAUCGAUCUAUCUCAGAUGGAAAAUAUACUUCGUAUGAUACGUACACAGGAAGACUUGUUGUAUGCUGAAUGGACAGUAGCUUAUGGUUUCAAAAAGACCUAUACAAAUUACGGUUCUAAUUUGAGAAAUCUACAAAUGAUAUCCCUUCGUAAUGAACUCAUGGCUUCUGAAAUUGAAGAAGUCUAUGGUUUAAAUAUAAAUACUAGAGCAUUAGGCGGUCGUAUGUUAUAUAUCCCAGAUGAGGAACUGUUCUUUAAUAUACUGUUACAUUUUCCGGAAGAUGAUUAUAUAUUGCACGGUACAAUUCAACUUGCCAUGCUCUUUCUAAAAGCCUUCUUCCAUCUUUAG